AUGUCAGACCAGCAACAACGGCAAAGUGCUGAUAGCGAUGACCCAUACUCGGAACGAAGUUAUGCCGAAUACUUUUCAUCAGAUGAAGAGACAAAUUCCGCUUCUUCCGCUUCGACUUCUUCCUCUUCUAGAACAUCUGCAAGCUCUGGCAAUGAGAGACAAAGAAGUACAGCAAGCGGUUCAAGACAGUCAAAUAGAGAGAAAAGAUUCGAAUUCACCCAUAAUCCCGGCGGUAAUGACGGAAGCUCGGAUCCGACUCAAAGAGAGGCUGGAGAGGAGCCAUUACUGGGCAUGGGAUCUAGCUCACAGGGAAGGAGGGCAGAUGGAUUCAGAAACAAUCCUCAAGCAGGGCAAAAUGAUGAUGAGGCUGAUGAAGAUGAUGACACAGAUGCAUAUUAUGCUUUGUUGAAUGUUCAAAAAGACGCAAGCGAAGAUGAGAUUAAGGAUGCAUAUCGCUCUUUGGCUGUGGCACUACACCCGGACAAACAUCCUACACCGGAUCUCAAAGUGGCUGCCGAGAAUCGAUUUCGAGCCGUACAAAAAGCCUAUGAAGUCUUAUCCGAUGCUGAAAAGAGGUCAAUUUAUGAUCACUUUGGACCAAAAGGUCUAACGAGAAGUUGGUCUUUAGUCAGAAGAUCAAAUGCAGGAGGACCAAGAACGGCAGCUGAAAUGCGUGAAGAAUGGGAAAGGAUGGCAAGACAACAGAAAGCAGAAGAGAUGGAAAAUAGAGUACGAAGUAAGAGUGAAUUCACAGCCAAUCUUGACGCCACAAGUCUUUUCUGUUCGGCAGAGCGAGUGCCAAGGAGCAAAGAGGUCAUUCAACGUAUUGGCGAGGAGAUCAAGCAGAUGGAGAAAGAAAAGGGGAAGUCGUUCGAUCCGGGUGAACAUAUCGAAGUUCAAUUGCCCGAUGUGUCUUUCUCAGAGCGUUGGGCACGAGUAGGUUUCACUUCAUUGGUUGGAAAGCAUGGCUGGGAAACACCGUUAACGAUGUACAGUCGCUUCCUCAUUAACGGUCAAAUGGCAAGUAAAGGUGGAAUGGGAGGCGGAAAUGUGACCGGAACUCUGAAAACACAAUGGAACCCCAAGCUCGGUACAGAGGCAAGUGUGACACUUCUCCCACCAAGGGUCGCAUCUCUCAAAGGACAAUACGAAUUGACAAAGUUUAGCUUUUUGAGCUUUGUGGCUACUGGCUCAACAUUCAAGAUACCUCCAGCGCUACAGCUUUCUUUUGCUCAAAGAUUAUCGGAAAAGACAAACAUGACAGGCUUUACUGUAUUCAAUACAGGAACAUACACUCUGGGAUUCUGGGGCAAAGAUGUACGGCUACGGUCGCCACAAACGCCCUCGAUCACGUUUGGAGUAUCGGAUAGAUUAGGAGACGGAAAAGGUUGGACAUGUCAAGCCGGGCUAGGAAUGGAGGAUCAAUCCCUUUCGCUUGAUUAUGCAUAUCGACCUGCAAUUCUUGGAUCUCCUAAGCUACGGCUUGGUUUGACGUUGGGAACACGAAGCGGGAUGACCGCUUUCCAUUCGAUGGAACGCAAGAUUACCGAUCAUGUUCGAAUCGGGAUGGGUCUGCAUUUUGGCAUCCCGAUGGGCGGAGUGUCAUUGCAGCUGCGAUUCAACAGACUAGGACAAAAGUUAGUUGUUCCGAUUCAGCUCAGUCCAGAAUAUCGUCCCGAGUUGGUGGCCGGUUGCGCUCUAAUCCCAGGAGCAGGUUUGUUGGCCGCUGAGCAUCUAUAUUUCCGCCCACGCAGACGCCGCAACGUACAAAACAGAUUGGUGAAUUUGCGAACACAACACAAGGAUAUGAUCGUUCAACGUAAGCAAGCAGCCGCGGAAGCCAUUCAUGUCUUGCGUGGAGGAGCAAGAAAGCGUGCUCACGCUGAAUUCUCCUCAGGAGGUUUGGUGAUCGUGCAGGCUUAUUACGGCAAACGGAACAGUUGGCCGAUAUUCGAAGAGAACAUCUCACCUGAAGAACUGUUCAGGUCCGUAUGGGGUACUGCUGCCACAAACGGACAUGCCGAUCCAAACGAGCAGGCGUUUGCUGAGAACACCUCAUCAACGCCGGAAGAUGUGAAUGUGGAUUGGUGGGAUGUGACAAUCCCGGUGAUGAUGCUUGUCCACAAGGGCCAAUUGAUCAUUCCAGGUGAUCGUCAGAAGCACAAAUUGUUGGGAUUCUUUGAUCCAUGCAUGGGUGAACGAAAACACCUUAUUGUUCGUUAUUUGUUCCGUGAUCGACUUCAUGAAGUUGUCGUUGAUGAUAUCACUCAACUCACCGCUCCUCUUCGUGUUCAUCAAUUGUAG